CUCCUGCAUUUGUUGUGAUUCGGUUGAAAAAAAGAAAACACCCUGAUGAAGCAACUGAGAUCCAUGCGACACGCUAUUAUAAAGAUGGCGUUUAUUAAAGAGGAGAGUGAAGACAUGAAGAUUGAAGAAGCAUUCAGAGUCAAACAAGAAGAUACUGAGGAACAAACAGAUCUGAUGGUGCUGAAAGAAGAGACAAGAGUACUGCAUAAAAUUGAAGAGAAAGACCAAUAUUUCAUAACUGGAGAAAAAUCAAUUAGCUGCUUACAGACUGGAAAGACUUCCUCACAAAAAAGAACUCAAAAGACUAAAACUAAAAGUUUCACCUGCCAACGAUGUGGGAAAAGUUUCAACAGAAAAGGAAACCUUAAUUACCACAUGAGAAUUCACACUGGAGAGAAGCCUUACACAUGUCCUCAAUGUGGGAUAAGUUUUAUUCAAGGAGUAAUGCUUAAAAGGCACAUUAGAACUCACACUGGAGAGAAGCCUUUCACCUGCAAAGUGUGUGGAAAAAGUUUCAUUCGAAAAGGAUGCCUUAAAAGUCACAUGAGAACUCAUACUGGAGAGCAGCCUUACACAUGCCCUCAAUGUGAAAGGAGUUUUGCACAUAAACAGACUCUUAAUGCCCACAUUAGAAUCCACAGUGGGGAGAAGCCUUACACCUGCCAACAGUGUGGAAAGAGUUUCUCUGAAAAUGGAAACCUUAAAGUCCACAUGAGGAUUCACACUGGAGAGAAGCCUUUCACCUGCCAACAGUGUGGAAAGAGUUUCAAUCAAAAAGGAAACUUUACAGUCCACAUGAAAAUUCACAAUGUUGAAAAGCCUGAAGAAUGUGUGGAAAGAGCUUCACAGCAGAACUAAACAUUACCGUGCGUUCACACCGUCGCCGGCGAGAGUGUCAAAGUGGCCGGAAGUCAUUCAUUUUCAAUGUGAGCCGGCGGCGAGAAUGGUAAUGAGCUAACUUGAUGGUAAUGAGCUAUGACGCGGUUCGGCGGCAACCAAUCGGAAUGUAGAAGUCCUCCGCUUGAGAGGAUUCCAGAGAAUGCAGCCCUGUAAACUUUGGUUCUGACCACAUUAGUUCCCAAGCAUUUUCGCGCUACAAUGCUUGUUUUUCAGCGGGAAUGCAAUUAAUUUUCUCAAAACAACACCGAUUUGACCAAUUGCAUUAAGGCUACACUUCAACCAGGACAAUUUGUAAUGUAGGCUGCACACAAAUUAAUGUUAAUGUUAAAGACCAAGGCUAGUAAGUUAAACGUCUCCUGACUGCAUGUUGAAAUUAGACUAGCACAUUACGCAUUUUACACACUAGCAACUAGCACAUAACUAUGAAGGCUUUUAAUUUGUUGAUUUCGUUAGCAAACAUGUAACUAUAAUUAAGUUCUUUCCAUCGAUCAAUUUCUUACUUUCACAUUUAAAAUAUUUCAUGAGGUUAACUUAUACCCUACUUGUGGUCAGUCUGCACAAGAUCAACACGCUUGUUUGCAUUGCUGCCCCUUUAAAUACAAGACCAAGCAUUCGAGCGUCAGAGCAUCAACAAAUCUUUCUACAGCGUUGGUGGCAGGGCGGCCAGAGCGAAUUUUGACGCUCUCGCUGGAUGUGUGAACGCACGGUUAGAUAUUACAUGAACAUUGACACUGGAGAGAAGCCAUUCAGAUGUGAUCAGUAUGAAAUAUGUUUCACACAUAAAAAUAGCCAUUUAAAGAGUUAAUUCAACCAAAAAUUAAAAUUCUGUCAUUAAUUACUCAC